AUGGCUUCCUCUCCUUUGAGAUCGAAAGGCCCUUACCAUGCUCGAUCUGUCAGCUUGCCCUCUAGAUCUCAUCCACUCAUUCCUGAAUUCAAUGGGCACUUGGGUAGAAUAAGAGCUCCUGAUCAUGAAGCUUCCUCUUCUUCAUUGCCAUCAACAAGAAACAGAUUGAGCAGCCUCGAGGAUUUGCAUGAUUGCGUCGGUGAUUUGCUUCCACUGCCACACAUUGAACAUGCCUUGGCCAAAGAGCACGAUGAGACAUGGGUCGAUGAGGUUGUGGAUGGAUAUCUAAGGCUCUUGGAUGUGUGUUCCACUGCUAAAGAUAUCUUCUCACGGAUGAAGCAAGCUGUACAAGACCUUCUCUCAAUGCUGCGAAGGAGAAGGGAUGCAAAUGACUUCCAGGGAUACUUAGCCUCUAGAAAGAUGGUGAAGAAGGCAAUCAAGAAGUCCUUGAAGGAUUUGAAAAGUAUCAAAAACAAAAACACCUUCCUUCCCAAGGACAAAGAUAGCAAAACUGUUGCCAUUUUUAGCAUGCUAACAGAGGUUGAAGCAGCCACUCUUGCUGUGUUUGAAUCCUUGUUGUCCUAUGUUGGUGGGACAAAGGUGCAAUUGAGGCAAAAAAGCUGGUCUUUGGUUUCCAAGCUGAUGCAACACAAGAGUGCAGAAUCCCAAGAUGAAGCAAAUGGGAAUGAGCUUGAGAAGCUUGAUGGUGCAUUGAAGGCAGGAAGAUAG